AGGGGGGUAAUAAUUAGAUUAUAGCUACAUUGUCUAUUUGUCUGUUUGUCUGGUUUCGGCGAUGUAGUGUUUAGCCAGAAAUAUUGCACUUUAUAUAUUUGUUAUCUAACGGCAUGCUUUCUGUUCUCUGUGAUUGGGCAUUUUGCGGCCUUUAAACCGGCCCAAAACGCGGACUUCAAUAAGUGUCUGUAACACGGUAUAUGGGAGUGGGGGCUGACUGGCAACAAAAAGCAUCCUCGUGAUUUGCUGUCAAGCGGUCCCAAUUUGAUAUUUUGUCGCCUUUCUGGGGGCUAUCCAUCUUGGCACAUCUUACCGCCGACUUGGGGGGGGGUCUCCCGUGGUUUACUUUGACGCCGACCGACACUCAUAAUUACCGGCCCACCAAGAAGUUUCCAGUCCACGCUUGGCUGGGCGUAUUUUGCUGGUCCAUGCGUAAUUGUAAACACAUUUGUAUGCUAACUUCAUUUUACAUUAAUUUAUACUUCUUACUACCGACAGGCAGAAAGCAUCAAAAUCUGAGGUUGCAUUAGGCUUCUGUCUAUAUUCUUAUUUUCAUCUUCAGCAAGUAGCAGAUGGUACUCUUUAUUUCUGUCAUAAUUUCCUUUAUUCAUUUCUGAGUAAAAAAAAAAUAGGAGCAUUCCACAGAAUUGGCAGUGUACUUAAUUUACAGUACUUUAAACUUUGUCAUUUUGCUUCUAAUGCUGUUUAAAACGAAUUUUCAAAAUGCAGUAAUAAAAUAAUCACAAUUAUACAGCUUCUUCAAACGCGAAAAAAAUCUUCAGUGUAACGUAUAAACUUAAUCUUUCAUUUUAAAAAGCUCAUCUAUAACAGUUAAAAACAAAACAUGUAUGUAAUAGUUUAUUUCCAAAAGGUGCAUAACUAAAUGUUCCUAAAGUAGCAAUCUUCUCUGGUUCUUCUUCACGGGAAAGCCAUUGCGACUGUAGGAUGUAAUUCGCUCGGAACCACUUACAUGGGAUACCGGGAAAGGGGGGCACUUUAGUACCCGGACCGACAUUUAAUUUGGGAAGGCGGCCAUGGAAACCGUAUGACGCCAAGACUCAGAAGUAACCGGAUAAAAACGGAAAGAGGAGUCUGUUAUGUAGUAUAUUUUAACUGAGCGUUGCUGCGUUAAUUAGAAGAGUCAUAAAGUUUCACUUUGUACUGGCAUAAUCUGUUUAAAAUGGCUAUUUAUGAAGUUUACAGUCACCCGGCUUUGCUCAGAUACAAAACUAGCAUUUGCACGAAAGCCACGUUAUUCCUAAUAGCUGUAAUGUGUCUCACCUACAUAUCACCUCUUUUGGUAGCUUACCGGAGCCAGGGAUUCUGGUUGAAGCGGAGCACUUACGAGGAGCAGCCCAGCGUUCGCUUCCAGUACCAGAUGAUGCUGAUAGCAGCAACUAGCACCAGCGGUGACUAUGUUGCAUGGAGCACAUUUCCCAACUUCAACAUCCUUCAGGGCAAUAACCUUAGAAUACCUUCUGUUUCGGCACGAGAAGAGGACCAGAACCAGGAUGGGAAGUUGGAUCGAUUAAUCCUCCAAUUGGACCUUCCUUUGAAGCCCGAUGAGCAGAUCUAUAGCAUCCAGAUGCUGCUCACCUUUUCUUACCAGUUAUUUAGGAUGUCCACCCUUGUGAUGCAGAGUCUGCUGAUGGUACAGCACUCUUCCCCAGUUCCUGGUUCUCAGCUUCUCCUCAGUGGAGACCUGCGCUUACACCAGAGGGUGUUACUCCCUCACCGUGGCCUGGACACACGUUACAAUGUAUCAAUUAUCAGUGAGAAAAGUCCCUUUGCCAGCACCUACAACCUGGCAAGCAUCAUGGAGGCCUAUCAAGAACGGAACUUGACAACGUUUCUGUCUAGACCAGCUCCAGUGUGGACCAUUGGUAGAGCUUCUGCUGCUCCUUUCAAACUGAAAGCAGUGAUCCGAUACCCUGCUGAGAUCAUCAGCUACCAGCCUGGCUUCUGGGAGAUGGUGAAGUUUGCCUGGAUCCAGUAUGUCAGCGUGCUGCUCAUUUUUCUUUGGGUCUUCCAGCGGGUUCAGACUUUUGUUUUUCAGAACCAGGUUGUGCCCACGGUACCAGUGCCGCUCUUGAAGCAGCACUGGGCCUGAAUAAUGGGGUGGGGGGUGUGAGGGGCUGGGUGUGCCUGUCUGAGGACUCAUCACCAGCAUCAGUUUCAUUCCUACCACAGUGACCUGCACCCACCAGGUGGAACCAACCCCAACGGGACCUCACGGUUCAGACAGUCGCAUCAAACACAGCAUAAGAAUCUCAUCCUGGUGUCAGGCAUGGUAUGGGAUCAUGUUUGUGUGAAACAAAGGUAGACUGAGAGCGAUACAUGGCUUUUAGGAAUAAUAGCUCACAGGUAAAUUAUACAGUUAUACAGUAGAAAUUCAAAAAAUGUAUCGUAGUUUCCAAUUAGGACCAGCUAGGGUGGUACAGGGCUGUCAGGGUCCCCAGAAGGCCAGUAUGGUACAGGGCAGUAGGGGUCACAAGAAGGUAUAGUAUGGGGCAGUCAGAGUCACCAUAAGGCUGGUAUGGUACAGAGCAGUCGGGGUCACCAUAAGGCCGAGAUGGUACAGGUCAGUUGGGGUACCCACAAGGCCGAGAUGGUACAGGGCAGUCAGGGUUACAACAAGGUUGGGAUGGUACAGGGCAGUCGGGGUUACAACAAGGCUGGGAUGGUACAGGGCAGUCGGGGUUACAACAAGGCUGGGAUGGUACAGGGCAGUCGGGGUUACAACAAGGCUGGGAUGGUACAGGGCAGUUGGGGGUACCCACAAGGCAGAUAUGGUACAGGGUAGUUGGGGUACCCACAAGGCCGAGAUGGUACAGGGCAGUCGGGGUUACAACAAGGCUGGGAUGGUACAGGGCAGUUGGUGAUACCCACAAGGCCAAUAUGGUACAGGGCAGUUGGGGGUACUCACAAGGCCGAUAUGAUACAGGGUAGUUGGGGUACCCACAAGGCCGAUAUGGUACAGGGCAGUCAGGAUUACAACAAGGCUGGGAUGGUACAGGGCAGUUGGGGUACCCACAAGGCCGAUAUGGUACAGGGCAGUUGGGGUACUCACAAGGCCGAUAUGGUACAGGGCAGUUGGGGUACCCACAAGGCCGAUAUGGUACAGGGCAGUCAGGGUACUCACAAGGCCGAUAUGGUACAGGGCAGUCAGGGUUACAACAAAGCUGGGAUGGUACCGGGCAGUUGGGGGUACCCACAAGGUCGGGAUGGUACAGGGCAGUUGGGGUACCCACAAGGCCGAUAUGGUACAGGGCAGUCAGGAUUACAACAAGGCUGGGAUGGUACAGGGCAGUUGGGGGUACCCACAAGGCCAAUAUGGUACAGGGCAGUUGGGGUACCCACAAGGCCAAUAUGGUACAGGGCAGUUGGGGUACCCACAAGGCCGAUAUGGUACAGGGUAGUUGGGGACCCACAAGGCCGAUAUGGUACAGGGCAGUUGGGGUACCCACAAGGCCAAUAUGGUACAGGGCAGUCAGGAUUAUAACAAGGCUGGGAUGGUACAGGGCAGUCGGGGUACCCACAAGGUCGGGAUGGCAUAGGGCAAUUGGGGUCACAACAAGGCUGGUACAGGGCAGUCAGGACAAAAUGUGAUGGGUCUUCGCUGAAGUGUACAGGUUUUGCAGUUUGGCUGCUGUUAUACAAGAAUUAAUCAUAUGCUGAAUCUAGUGAUUCACAGCCAUGGCAACAAUUGACUCUACAAACAGGCAUUCAUUUUGUGUGUGAAUUUUAUACGAAAUUGCUUUUGAUCAUGCAUACUCCUCGAUUUCAUUCUGUAGGUAUGUGUUUUUAUGGUAAUAGUAUAUUAAAUGGCAAAAUUACGUAAGAACAAACAUUAAAACCUCAGGGAUAAUGCA